AUGGCCGGUGUGCCGUUACCAUAUGGACAUAAACGAAGGCUACCAAUGCGAAUACUGCUAGGUCCUUACAAAAGACCGUGGUUCAGUUGGCUUUCCGGUGCGGUUAUGCUGAUCGUUUUGGUCGUGGAAUUAGUGAAAAAUUCUUCAAUGACAGGUAGUGUCAUAGAAACAAGUCCUUUCAAUGUGAUGAUUGGGCCGAGUUUCCAGGUCCUUAUAAAUAUGGGAGCGAGGUAUACUCCGUGUAUGCGACCGUUGCCCGGAUAUUCCCCAAGCACAUCUGUAACUGAUUGCUAUCGCGACGGCGAAACGUGUACGCUUGAACAACUUUGUGGAUUCGGUGGUUUUGGCGGUGGUGAGCCGAAUCAAUCUCUUCGAUUCUUCGCUCCCAUCUUUCUCCAUGCGGGUGUUAUUCAUUAUCUAAUGAAUAUGCUGACUCAUCUCAGGCUGGGGGCCGAUCUUGAAUGUGCCCUCGGAGCUCCUCGCUAUAUUCUAUUAUAUCUGGCAUCCGGUAUAUGGGGCUUUGUGCUCAGCGCGAUGCUGUCACCUAAAAAUACAGCAUCCAUGGGAUGUUCCGGUGCUCUGUUUGGGCUGAUUGGAUACAUGUUCAUUGAUGUAAUAGUGAAUUGGAGAAUUAUUCCUAAUCCCAUGCGUGAGCUUGUCAAGCUUUUGCUGGCUACAAUUAUCUCUCUCGUGCUUGGUCUAUUACCUGGUCUUGAUAAUUUUGCACACAUAGGUGGCUUCGCAGUUGGUAUUGUUAUGGGCAUGUUGGUUGCACCGAUGAGACCAUCGGCGUCCAAGCGUGCAAAAUGGGUGACAUGGGGUUUGCGGGCUUGCGCACUUGUGAUUCUGAUCAUCAUGUUUGCGGUCGGCAUUAAUUCGUUCUACUCGAGUCCAGAUCCAAGUCAGAUUUGUCCCGGAUGCAAAUACUUGUCUUGUUUACCUGUCAGCAAUUGGUGUGAUAACUAUUAA